UCUGAACAGGUGAGUGUUUGUGUGUGAGCAGAAAAAGAGGUAAAGUCACCGCUGAUGUUUUCUCCAGACUCGCUGCGCCUUUAAGGCUUCGCGCAGGGAACAAAAACACAAGCGCAACCUUUUGUUGCGUCAUAAAGACGCGACGGGCCUCUGAGUGAAAAUCUGGAAAUGGGCGAGUCGUCGUGGAGGGCCGCAGUGUUUAAAGGAUCCGAAGAAUAAAAGAUGAGUGUCGUUACCGCCCGGAGGGUCUGAUUCCCGGGUUUCUGUCGCCUCGCAGCCGCCGCCGCCUCGUUGUUUGCCUGCAGGCGGAUGUUGAGCAGCGGAGUGUCGCAUCUUCUUGUUUUUCCUCUGCGGCGUCUGGCUCACAGCUCCGUCAACAGAUGUAACCGGACCGAUCCAUGCCCUCAGCGACAAGAACCUGCGCAGUUUAAAGCCUUCGCACAUCAGAACAGCGAAUAAAUCGCAACCAAUGACAUCCCGGAGGACAGAGUACGCGGCCAGCGUGGACACCGCCGCGUCCGGCGCGGGGAGCCGCAAGCAGAGCAUCAUCAACGUCCCCGACAGGAUGGAGCCCUGCUACGACCGCAAAGAAGACACCAAGGGCGGGUUCGGAGCCUCUCAGGGCGGCGGCGUGACGGUAACCUCGCUGAAAUCCCGCCUGGCCCCGACGAUCCAGACCGCCAUGUCCGCCGCCGUGGACACGCUGCUGGGGGAGGUGGUGGUGGUGCUGAACGAGACCCAGCAGGAGCUGCUGCACAAGGAGCAGGAGAACCAGAGGCUCAAGGUGCGGCUGGAGGUCUCCGAGAGGGAGCUGAAGACCCUGCAGGAGUGUCUGUGCAGCGCCCAGAAGCUCAUAGACCAGCUGCAGGUCUCCUACUCGGGCCCCCAGCAGAUCGGCCAGUCGGUGUUUGGCCCCUCGCUCUCAUCCAUGGCUUCUCUGACCCCAGGCUUGGACCGAGACCACCAGAACCCCAGGAACGUGAACGGAGCCGGCGUGGAUCUGGGUCUGGGCGGCUCCGUGGAUGAAUCUCUUCAUGGCUUCGAGCCGAGAAAUGAAUACAAGAUGUGCCAGCUGUCGAUUCAGCCAGACGGUUCCGUGACGAACCACACUCUGGACUCUUUUUCCUCCAGCUCCUCUCACAUGUGCGCAGACACCAGAGGAGCGGAUGACCGGCAGCCUCAGGGUCCCAGUGGAGGAUCCAGAUUUGAGAUCAAAGAGGAGCAGGGGCCACCGUCAGGUUCUGCUCAGCCCAACAGGAAGGACAGCCAGGUGGGGGACGGAGACGGCUCGUCCCUUAAUGUGGGGGACAUUGCUUACGGUCAGGUCGGAGGUGAAGGAGGAACUCCACGUUCGUUCUCCAACCCGCUACGUCACCAAAGACUCAUGCGUGAGUGUGGCGGUGCCUUGCAGCAGCAGCAGGGAAGUCUUGAUGGACAGAAACUUUUGUCAAGGACUUUUGGAGCAAGCAGAAGUGACACCGUUUCACCAGGCAGAGCCGAGGAGCCUGCGGGGCCGUCGGCCCCAGACACCUCUGGGGAGCCCUCGGCGGACCGGCCUCACCACUGCUUGGAGUGCGGCAAAACCUUCCGUCUGAUCUCCAGCCUGAAGAAGCACAUCCGCAUCCACACGGGCGAGAAGCCGUACCCGUGCGCGGUGUGCGGCCGCCGCUUCCGUGAGUCCGGGGCGCUGAAGACGCACCUGCGCAUUCACACCGGCGAGAAGCCCUACUCCUGCUCCGAAUGCGGCAACUGCUUCCGCCACCUGGACGGUCUGCGCAAGCACCGGCGCACGCACACGGGUGAGAAACCCUACGUGUGCGCCAUCUGCGGGAAGCGCCUGAGUCGCCUGCAGCACCUCAAACACCACCAGCUCAUCCACACCGGGGAGAGGCCGUGCUGCUGCCCCUUCUGCAACCGCACCUUCAAGGAGCCCGCGGCGCUGCGCAAGCAUGUCCGGACGCACCGCGACGAGGGCGGCCACAUGGGCAUCGGGCCCAUCGAGGAGACGGACCCAGACGCCAUGGACGACGUCAAUAACCUGCAUCCUGCAGCUCCCUCUCCUCAGAUGCGGUUCGGGGAGUGGGGGGCGGAGGAGGAGGACGGCUCGGUUGCAGACUGUGUUUAGGAAUGAAGAAGUAGUGACUUUUUGUUUGUUUGUCUUCAAAAAACAAACAAAGCAUGACCGAUAACACCAACACAUUUCUGUUCCAGUCGACCAUUUUAACACCCUAAAAUUAAAUUUUUUUGGAUCUUAUUUUAAAAUGUCAACUUUUCCAAAGCCUUCUGUUUGAGUAGUUGAAACAAAGUUGUUACGACACACAAAUGCUCAAAAAUGUUCAUAAGUCAACUUUAGAUGUCACCUUUAAAAGUAAUCAGCUUUUCCAAAACUGCAUGUCUUCAAGAAAAUCAAAUUUAUAAAUGUUGAAACUUACAUCAAUUAACUUCAAGAUUCAAUUUAAGGUCAACUGUGUCAUAUUUCCCCCACAUAUUUAGAUUGUUUUUAAGAAAAUUAUGAAGUUUGAAAUAUGCUUAUAGGUCAAAUGUUUGCUGACACUUAUCAUUGGCAUAACAUUAAUCAUUUUUUGCCUUUUUAUCUAUUCUCAAAAUUUGAAAGGAAUCCUUUUCCUGCUGAAACAUCCCACCAUUUGUUGAUCUAACUAUAAUCAGUAGGUAGAACAUAUUAUUAGUACUGGAUAAUAAAUUCUCCAAUAAAGAAUAUUUAUUACAACAGGCAUGUGAUCAAAAUCUAUAGAUAAGAUAUAUUAAAUAAUUUCACUGCACUGCAUUCUGGGGGAUGUAGGCAGAGGAAAGGCUUCAACUUCUCAACCUGGGCUCAACAACUCACUCACUCUUUGGUUACCAAGCAACUCACUCACUCUUUGGUUACCUAGCAACUCACUCACUCUUUGGUUACCUAGCAACUCACUCACUCUUUGGUUACCUAGCAACUCACUCACUCUUUGGUUACCAAGCAACGGACAGCAGCAGUUUCAAGUUUUGUGCCUCAGAACAGCUUAAAAACACCCAAAAACCCCAAAAACAACAGCAUGAAGGGAGAACAUGAGUUCAACAGCUGGAGAGGAAAUUAUGGAUUAAACAGGAUUUGUUCUAGUGUUUUUAUGUUCUAGUGUUUUUAUGUUCUAGUGUUUUUAUCUUUGAAACAAUCACCUCUUUGACUCCUCCACACACCGUUUGUGUAACUGUGUGCGGAUAUCUGUGUCAUUUUACCAUUAAAGCUGUUUCUCCAGGCACUGUUCCAGGACUUUCCAGGUCAUGGCAGUCUGGAGCUUCAGGAAGAUCCCAAACAAUCGGUGAUGGGUAAAACCUGGACAUAAUUUGGUGUUUCAGCAAGAUGAGGACUCUAAACACAUCCUAUCUGGUUUUAGGUUGGAUUCUUCUAUGUGUGUGUGUUUCUGUGAAACAAACCCUUCUCCAGUCUGUAGCCUUCCACCUUAGAGAUUUUUCCACUUUUUGCUUUUGACUCCCUGUUUGGGGUCAUUGAACAUAUCUUAGUAUUUAAGGAAUAUAAACUGAGACUACAUGAAAAAGUUAGGAUUUACAAUCCAUAUCAGCCUCUACUAUCACCAUACCCAGUUCAAACCCAUUGUUUUAAUCAUCUUCAUAACUAACUCCACGCAUCUGCAUUUUUUAAUCUUCUUGCUUUCAACAAAGCCUUUCUGUUCUAGGAUUAGUUUCACUGUUAUCAGCUGGUUGUUCGCCUCCUCAAACCUGCUCUAAAUCUUUCUGUAUAUAGAUCAAAUGAGCUUUGUUUGGUUUUAACUGGCUCUCUGUUUGUAGAUGAACGUUCUCGUGCAACAAUGACGUAAAGCUGUGAUGUGAUUUAUGAUUUUAGGACGUCAACAUGUGAUGUAAAUACUUGACCUUUGAGCUUUUUCAUAAAGGCUGUUGGGGCGCUAAGCUUUGGGCUACACUUUGGUGUUAUUUGACAUAUAUACCAAUAUAAUCUCCAACUAUAUAUAACAAUAUGGUUACUCUCAAAGUCUUUGAAAUAUAUUAGAUGAUGUGUAUCCAAGACUUCUCAUGCUAAAGUUGUUUAUGCCCCAAAUAAUCAGUUUUAUUUGACCUUCCAGAAGGACCUCUGCAUGUAGGCUCUUAAGAAGUCAAUGCUACAUAUGAAAUGAGUGAAGUUUUAUAUGCCUUUGUGAACUACAACAAUAAAUAAAAUCACUUUCAGUCUUUUGAGGUUCUGUAAAUAUGAUUCAAUUAAAGGACUGGGUUUCUA